AUGAGCACAUUCAACUUUGACUUAUCCUUCAUCAAUGUCUCUUCUAAGGGGGAUAUACACAACUGCAAAUCAAUAAAAUAUGACAUAAAGCCCGAUGUUUGCAUAUACCCGUCAAACAUCAAGACCCCCGACAGGUGUGAUGUGACAAAAGCUGAGAUGAUGGUAGAGUUCAAAUGGAACAGGGGCGAUGACCCAUUCUCUACAUUGUCCAGUGCUUCCUCAUUUAUUAUGUCUUCUAAACAAGCAAGAGACAUGAUAGGCCAAAUCACCAUAUACGCCUCUGCUCAGCUAGGUGCUCAGUGGCGCACUCACGCUUACCAAAUCCUCAUCAUCAAGAACUAUGCUUGCCUGAUAAGGUGGGAUCACAAGGGGUUCAUUGUCACUGAGCCUAUCUUCUAUCGAGAGUCUCCUGCCCUUAUCAAUUUCUUCUGA